AUGUAUAAUACUCAGCAAUACGGAGCUGGAGGUCAUCAAUCGCCCUACGGCGCAUCUGGCUCCGGCAUGGCUGUUAAUGCCGGUGGAAUGGGAAUGAUGCAGAAUAGCGGUUUGGCGCAUAUGGCUGGUGGAAAUGUUCCCUCAUAUCAGACACCAUAUACAAGUUCUCCUUACGGCAACAAUAUCGCUACGUCCUCUUCCAUAUCACAUCCUACAAACUUCAUGCCGACCACAUCAAAUGCGCCCUCACAAUAUGGAAUGAACCCAUCCACAAUGAUAGCACAACAACAGCAUCAAAUACAGCGCAUGCAGCCACCUCCAUCUUCUACACCUACGCCGACGUCGGCGACUUCUCGCGUCUCUCCCUAUGGAAAUUUUCCUCAGAGCACACCACCAAGUGCGUCUACCGCACAAUUCGCAAUACCACCCAAUCCUAAUCAGCAACAACAUCAAAUGACUAAUAAUAGUCAACAAGGAGGAAUGAGCUUGACACCGCAGACUCCAAGCUUUCCACCAGGGUCGCGGAAUCCAGAAAACGCGGGAACCGCUAUGGGUACACCAUUAAGUCCCGGCUCGGAGGUUCGAGAGAAAGAGAGGGUUACCGUACUACUAGACAUCAAUAAGGAGAUGUUGAAAGAAGUCAUGCAGAUUAUAGCUCUGCAAACUGAAUUGAAGACCGAUCGUUCCCAUAAGCCCGCAGCUCAGGUACCCUCGCAUCCCGCAGUCAUGUUCGCCCCGCCUCUCACGCCCAAACCCGCACAUACAGACCCUACAUCUGCGAUUACAAACGGCGAUGACUCGAAAGGCGAAGGAAAGCAUGAAAAUCGGGGUGAGAUAUUGAAAGAGUUAUACAAACGGCUCCAAGCCCUAUAUCCAGGCGUAGAUCCAAAAAAAGACACACCUGCUCAACCAGCAAACGCAGCAGCUAGAGCACAAGCACAAGCACAGGCACAGGCGCAAGCGCAGGCACAGCAACAUGCGCAACAAAUGCAAGGACAAGGGCAGAAACAAGGUGAUAUGAGUCAGAGUGUACAAAAUAUGACAGGAGGUCAAAAUGGGAUGGGGCAAGGUCAAAUGCAGGGACAAAUGGUUCAAGGCGGUAUGGGUGUUAUGGUUGGCAUGGGCCAAAUGCAACAGCAUCAACAGCAAGCUCAACAAAAUAUGGGAAUGGCAGGUCUCAGUCAAAAUCAAUUGCAACAGCAGCAGCAGCAUCAGCAGAAGAUGCAGAACGAAAUGAUGCGACAAAGGAUGAUGCAGGAAGCACAGAAGAGCCAAAUGAUGAAUAUGGGUCAAAUGCCAAGGUAA